UUUUUUUAUACUCAUUUCUCAUGGCGUUGACAAAUGUACAAGCGGAUGAAAAGAGAAUCUAUGGCAUAUUAAAGUUGAAUGGUGAAGAUACAGAUCAAACCGACAGCAACAAUAGUAGUGAUUCGGAACAAGGAAGACACAUUACAAAGGAAACAGUGGGCAAUGUACAAGUGGCAUUAUGGCAAGAUGUCAGUGGUGGCUGUGGAGGAAGGACAUGGGAAGCGGCUUAUGUGAUGAUCAAGUACAUGCUGUGGAAAGAACGACAAGGAGAAACUUCGUUUUUGUCUGGCAAGAAGAUCCUUGAUCUUGGUAGUGGUACAGGUUUGGUGGGUUUGGCCAUGGCGAAAGCAUGUCCUAGUUUGGCUCAUAUGGAAUUGACUGACCAGAUCCCCAUGAUGUCCCUUUUACAUGACAAUAUUUUAUUGAAUCAGUUGCAAGACAAAGUAAGUGCUUCUGUUCUGAACUGGGGUGAACCUACUGAUCAUACCGUGGAUAUUGUAUUUGCAUCAGAUUGUGUGUAUUUGGAAGUAGCCUUUCAACCUUUGGUGGAUACGUUGGUGAUGUUGACUGAAAACAACAACAAUGUGCAAAUCUAUAUGUCCUAUCGAAAAAGAAGAAAGGCAGACAAACGAUUCUUUGGCUUGGCAAGAAAACAAUUCAAUAUUAUUGAUAUCAUGGAUGAUCCAGAACGUCCUGUAUAUUCAAGACAAGGACUUCAUUUGUAUCGAUUAGAAAGGAAAAUUCAUCAUCAUCAUCAUUGAUUCCAUGUUUUUUUUUUUUUUUUUGGUUAC